AUCACUAGUACACGAAUCAUUGCUCAAUAUCGACAAAAAGAAAAAUGACACACUUCUUGUCUCACUUGCGCAUGCUAUGCCUUUUCUUCACAUCAUUAUGUGCUCCUAUUGUUACUCCACAUAGUGUAGGAGCCUCCCUUAGAAUCAAAGAAACACUAAAUCAGGCAAUGGAGUUUGAAGCCAUCUACCAAUUCGGUGAUUCGCUUUCCGACACCGGUAACUACGUUCGAGAGCACGCAAGCUCCGCCUAUAGUAGGCUCCCUUAUGGCCAGACCUACUACCCCACGGGUCGUGCCUCCGAUGGCCUUAUAAUGGUGGAUUACUUUGCAACGUAUUUCAAUCUACCUCUACUAAACCCAUAUCUUGCCGAUGGAAGCGACUUCACCCAAGGGGUUAAUUUCGCCGUGGUAGGUGCAACUGCUAAUGGUGGAGAUUAUUCCUUGGCAACGCAACUUAGUUGGUUUAGAUGUCAUCUCAACUCAACUUUUUCUGAUCCAAUGGCAAUCAAAGAAAGACUCCAAAAGUCACUAGUGCUAAUGGGAGAAAUUGGAGGCAAUGAUUUCAAUGGUCCUUUCUAUCAAGGCAAAUCAAUACAAGAAGUGUGCAAGCUCAUCCCUGGAGUUGUCAAAACCAUCAAAGAUGCAAUUGAGGAAGUGAUUAGCUUUGGGGCUACUAAUAUUGUGGUGCCAGGGAAUUUUCCUAUCGGUUGUGUGCCACUUUAUCUAGUUAAAUUUGCAACUAAUGAUACCUCAAAAUAUGAUGAACUUGAGUGUUUGAAAGACUACAAUGAUUUCUCAAAGUUCUACAAUCAACAAUUGUUACAAGCCAUACAACAAUUGCAACAAGUACACCCAGAUGUGGCUAUUGUCUAUGCUGACUACUAUUCUGCAUUAAUAUCGGUCAUUAUUAAUGCUCCACAGUUAGGUAUUGAGCAAGAUGGCACUAAAAAGGCUUGUUGUGGAGCUGGUAAUAAUCCUUAUAAUUAUGGCACCAAAAGUUGUGGUAGUUCUGGAGCUUCAGUUUGUGAAGACCCUAGUAAAAGAAUAAACUGGGAUGGAGUGCAUAUGACUCAACAAGGAAACAUAUUUGUUGGAGAGUUUUUACUACAACAAUUUGUACCUGCACUUCAAAAACAUCUUCGUACACGUUUAAGAGAACCUAGAAACCUUAGAGAUUAUCUUAAGUAAUGUGGAAGCAUUUUAAUAUGGAAGAAAGGGUUCAUCACUUACCAGCUCUUAGCACUUAGUAUAAUUUGCUAUUUGCAUUGGUUUUAUAUGAUUGUUAAAUCAUCUUUAAUAUAAUCGUUGUAAUCUAUGAUAUGAUCAAAACAUGAUAUUCGUUACAUCCCAAUAUAAUAAUAAGCUUGUAUUCCAGA